UAUCCACGAAAGCGUGGGACGUUAUUCUAAAGCCGACCCCUUAUUUAAACCAAAUAUUAAAAUUAUGAAUACAAAAUAAAUAUUUAGAAACAUUGUAGUGAAGUGUAAGUGUAUAAUAAGUGCAUAAUAUAAAAGAAACAUCUUCUAUCUGGAGAAUCUCAUCUCUUCAACCAUACCCCUUUUAACCCUUAAAUAUUGGGAUGGUGUACUGAAGUUUCAACGAAUUACGUCACAAGAUGGCGGUUGGCGUAAUCUUGUGUUCUAUAAUUCUUGGUCUAUGGGAAAGUUGUCAUCGAAAAUUGACAAAGAAUUUCAACUUACAUUUUCCGUGUUAACACUGUGUUAGUAAUAAUCGGAAAAAACGUUCAAAAAUUUUGUCCAAUGUCAUACUUAUUAACUGAAAUAGCUCUUGAAAUGCUUGGAUAUAAGUUUUAUGAUAUCGAUGGUAAUUUCGGUCCUACUAAUUUUCAACAAAUUACUGCUGGACAACAGUGUCAGACGGAAGAAAUAUACGCUGAAUCAUUGCAAGCUGUUAUGGUGCUAGAUACGGAAAAUGAAAAUAAUACUAAUACCCCUAAUGACGCGAAGUAUGAUGAAUAUACAAAAACGGAUAAUUUCUCCGAGAUAGUAGAAAAAAAUUGUGAACAAGUACGGACGUUCUCAGCAGGCUUGAAGAAGCUUUUGAAUCUUGAAUAUGACCGACUUCGAAGUCAGGUUAAACAGACAAUGAAACAUGAAGUUGUUCAUAUUGUUGAUGCAAACGGGGAUAGGUUACAAGAAGAAAAUAGUUCUGAGGAUGGGUUGAAAAUAUUUAUACGCAAAGAGAAAGAGACAUUAAAAUCCGAAGCUCGUACUCUUAAAUCUUUUCGUAAUUUGGUGGAAAAAAGCACAGUGAAAAUGAAUCCGGAUGUUUUCAGGCAAUAUGAUAGAGUAUUUAUUGGUAGUAAUAAAUAAGUCGAGUAGUUUUUCAGUGGUUUUAGUCAAUUUAAUAUGAGUUUUAUUUAUUAUAUUGUUUCGAGAAUUCAUGUCCUAACCCAUAUAUUUACAAUAAUGCGUACAUCCAUGUCUACGUAUAGAUACGCUUUUGAAAAGCUUAAUCGGACAGCUCUAAAAGAAUAUACUGUGGGUGUAUACUUGUUGAAUACUUAUUCGCACUAAAUAUAAUUGUAGAAAAUAGUAUUAAAUUAAAUAAAUCAUUUAUUCCCAUUGCUUUUAAUUUCAAAGUAUACAUUAAGGGUUUUUUUUUGGAAAUACAGUAAAUACUGGAUACCAUUGUAUAAAUCAUAAGAUUUUCACUAGUUCACACGCAAAAACGUUGGUACGGGUUGCCACAAAUCUAUUACUAAAUCACUCUUGUAACGGGUUGCCUACUAAUAUUCAACUACUUAAACGUCCAAAUGUCUCAAAUCUGAUACGAUAUGUUACCGUGUUGUCUUUUAAAAAUUUAUAACUUUAACACUAAAACUACGAAGAUUUACCAUAUACCUAUUUCAAAUAAGUCUCUCUCUCUCGGAAAAUUAAUAAAAAUCAUGACAUUAAUGUCAAAUAUUAAAUAGGAAUGAAGAUAAAUAGAUAUAUAAGAUAGAGUAUAAAUAAAUCAUGCAACCUGUUAUUUUGACCAGUUCGUGGUUCUAGUGUAUAGUAUUACUGUU